AUGGAAACAACACAAGUGUGCUUUCUUUACUAUUUGUCCAUAGCAAUGUGUUGUUGCUGUCAGUGCUGUGGCAACAUAGUGCAAGCCAUUGAAUUACCAAAGUACACAAUGAUACUGUCUGAAUCAGAUUUUCAGAUCAGACUCUACAAUGAGUCCUCUUGGAUGUCAGCCAGUGUUUCAGGAACUUCUUUCGAACAGUCCUACAAAAGUGGAUUUCACAGGUUGUAUCAAUAUAUUCAUGGUGGCAAUUCGAAUUCUUCAAAGAUUGCCUUUACUGCUCCAGUCCUAACGAGUGUCCCCUCAUCACCCACUGAUGACUAUAUUGUAAGAGGGUAUGUAUCAGCUCAUUUUCAAGGGAAACCUCCGCUGCCCAAUGCUGAACUGAAGUUGCAGAUGGAGAAAUGGAAAACUCAGUGCACUGCAGUUAGGAAGUUCGGUGGAUAUGCCAAGGAUGACAACAUUAACAAAGAAAUUGAAGCUCUUAUAACCAGCCUAAGCAAGCAUUUCAAUGGAAGCUCAGCAACUAUACAAUAUACAAGCUCCUAUACCAUUGCCCAAUACAAUGCUUCCUAUCAUAAUACUACUGAUCGCUUAAAUGAAGUGUGGAUAAGAGUGUCAGGACUCAGGACCGACUGCUGA